CGGAGGGUCAGUGACUCAGUGGCGUAGUCGGCCAAUGAAAAUCGUUCGUCAGUCAAUAUUCUAUUUUCUACCCUGAGUCCAGAAUGUGACCUACUUGAGCCUGGCCAGGUAGACGCGUUAAAAAGCGUGUCAACCAACCACUUCUGCAAUCACAAUGAUGGGCAAACCGGUGGUUUUGGGGCUCCCUCUUGAUGUGCUUUUCGAGAUUCUUUGGUAUCUUCACCCACUGGACCUUGUAUAUCUUACCCGGGUAUCCAAAUCGUUUCGUUCGUUUCUGCUUAGUCGUCGCAAAGCAAAGUCAAUAUGGACAGAAACCUUCAAACGUAUCGACCGGCUACCUCAGUGCCCAUCGUACCUUUCCGAACCCGCAUAUGCAAACCUGUUGUUUUGGCCGUUCUGUCAUCAGUGCCACUUGCCGUGCGAUGUAAUUCAAUGGGAGUUGCGCAUUCGUUGCUGUGACGGUUGCACAAGUGACAUGCUCGUUGGUCGAGAAAUGCUUCCUUCGUUUGUUGACCAGUUGAACUGCCUCGAUGCCAAGCAGCUCAUACCCAUGUCGGUCAUAAGUUCUGCUGGGCCUUGCGGUAGACAGACAGACAAUACCUACAGAAAGCCGCUCACUGUGGCUUCGCACGCCGAUGUUAACAAACUUAACAUGCAGUACAAAUUUGUGAAGGAUAGCCCAUUGUUGAACGACCUGAUAAUUCAUCGCGAGAAAGCCACCCAGGAGAUUUACCAGCACGUAGCUUUGUGUCGCAUCUGGGAGGCCGAAGCGGCUGACCAGCGUCGCAAAGAGCUGGUAGACCAGAGAAAAAGAGACGUCGUUGAAAAACUCGAGAGCCUCGGAUUGGGAAAUGAGCUUGAAUUACUACGGUCCGACGCCUCGGUAUCAAAAGAAUUCGACAACCUCGUCGUCAGGCAAGACCGAGAGUUGACUGAUUCUUCAUGUCAGGUUUCUCUACCGAGGCUUCAAAAUUUUCUGGAAAUCAGAAGAGUUCGAAGGCUUACUGUCCUCCUUCAAGACCGCUUCAAGAAUCUUGCCGUUGUUGUAAGCGAUAUGACCAAGACAUUCAAAAAUAAUAAGACCAACAAGGUCCUGCCUCAAGCGAUAGACAUCUGUCUACUCUCGGAAGUUCGAUGCAUGAUAGAUGGCAAAAACUCUGAGGUCAUGUCAGCGGAAGCCUUUGUAGACGCACUUACCCUUCGUCUACCUCCCUUGUUGUCAGCCUGGAACUGCCAGGCCACUAAGCAACUUGCAGAUCUAGUUCGUAGGCAGCUGUGCAUCGAUAAUGAUGUCGACCCUCUCAAACUUGCCGCUUUGGUGUUCCGCUGCUCCGAUUGUCGAUUACAUGUCACCUAUCCAUCAGCACUCACCCACCCUUGCCUACGUACUAAGACAUUUGACAAAUCGUGGGUCCAACUUCCGAUGGAAACGACGGCGCUCGGUAGAACGAUAUCGCCAGUGGAAGUUUACGAGAAAGCAGCAAUCGAGGCCUUCGAGAUGCACCCAUGGAAUUGCAAAGUUCUGGAAGCAGACGGAUAUACCAAGCGAAUACAUAAUCUCUUCCGAGCUCUCGGACGAGACCCGAAAUCUACUUCGGUGGAUGAUAUGGCAUCUUGUCCAAUUCGAGUAACCUGUAAGAGUUGUUCUGGAAGUCGGAACCGAAUGAUUCUGACUUACCGCACCGCUCUCAUUCAUUUGGUACGAAACCACAGCGAUAACAAGGACGAUGCCGUGUGGUGUGUUGUAUGAUCUCCAAGUUGUGUGGAUGGACCUGCUCGAGUUCGGAAUUCAUAUACCCAAUACCCUUUUCAUUCGGUGUAUAACUGGUUUUUGGUGUAACGCCUCAAACAAGAAGCCUUGUCUUGUGGUUGUUCAUAGAGUUCAUCCGUGGAUCCCUACUAUUGAUACAGUAACGCUUUGCAGCAUUUGUACCUGUUAUAUGCAAUUGACACUCAUAUCUCCAA